CACUAAUCAAUGACCGCGCAACUCAAAUCGAAGACCCUACGCAGAUACGCUGUUUUGAAUGAGCAUGUCAGUCUCUUGCUUUUAUCAGUCUGUCAGUAGGAUGCGAAGCAGAAAAUGGCCGACACGGAAUUCGAGGAGUUCCACUGCAAUAAUUACUUUGAGAAACUCUCGGUUCAGCAACACCCCUUCACGCACCCUUACACGUUAGUGCAUGACGUGAAUUUGGAUGACGACUCCCCUCUUGAGGGCCCCGAGGCCAAGGGGGCCCCCCGAGCAGGGCCACGUCGCCCCCUGGCCACUUCCUCGAGCGAGGAGGACCUGCCAGCCUCCGUUUUCAGCAAACCCGCUCAGAACAGGAACGAGAAGACCGAUAGGAAGGAUAAGGAAGAUUUCGGAAGUUCGCACCCCAAUCACCAUCACCCGGAAAGGAAACGACGCAAGCUACCGCAGAUCCCCACGCAGAAAAAACCAUUUCUGAGCCUGGCGGAGGAGCUAUGCGAGACCCUGUACCCUGAGAUGGUGAUCGGGGAGAAGGAGAAAGGGAUGACGUCACAGGUUCACCCCCGAUCCUUCCUGAUGAUGAAGUGUUUGGAGGAACAGGAUUUCUCCCCGACGGAGCACGACCACGACUCAGGGAUAUCCACCGUCCACUCGCCCGACGGCCCGAAAUCUUCCUCACCCAGUUCCAACAUGUUCCACGAUUCUAUGACCCCUAGUUCGAUGACCAGUUCGAUGAGUCUACCGUUCACCCACCACCAGCUAGAGCUAUUGGAGGCGACACAUCGAGCCCUUCACAAAUUCCUACCCCGACACCACGACGAAAUGGAGAUCGAGAUCGGUGACCCCAUCUACGUCCAGAAAGAAGCUGAGGAUCUUUGGUGUGAGGGCGUGAAUCUGCGAACGGGCCGUCAGGGGAUCUUCCCAUCGGCGUACGCAGUGGAUCUGGAGUACGAGGAGUUCGACUCGGGGUCGGCCGGACCCAAAGUCAAGCGGGAACGCUUCCUUAUCGGCUACCUUGGUUCCCUCGAGACCCUCUGUCACAAGGGCAAUGCCGUCCUCAACCAGGCAGUCAAGAAGAUGACUUCUUCUCAGCAAAAGCCACAGUCCUGCAUCCUUGAGGUCUCCGAUCAGGGGUUAAGGAUGAACGACAAGACCAAACCCUCGCAAAAGAGUAAACAGCUGCCUUGCCACGACUACUUCUACGCGCUGAAGAAUGUCACGUUUUGCGCCUUCCACCCCGAGGACCAUCGCUACAUGUGCUUCAUCACCAAACACCCCCAACUCCAGCGAUUCGCCUGCCACCUCUUCCUGGCCACCGAAUCAACGAGACCAGUCGUCGAAUCAGUUGGUCGAGCGCUCCAGAGGUUUUACGAAAAGUACAUAGAAACUGCAUAUCCAGUAGAAGAAAUUUAUAUUGAAGAUGAGUUUUAAGCUUGGCGACUCUCCUGCUUUGAUAUACCGUACCUAAUGAUGGUCUGUCUGAGCCACUGUGUAUAAAGAGUUUUGCCUGAUUAUAAUUUUUAUCUCUUAAUUUUUAUAUGGUGCUUAAAAAUUGUGAAGUUUUUUUCUGCUGAUUGAGGGAAAAUUUAAUUCAAUUUAUCGAUUAAUAAUUACUUAAAUUGUUUGAAAAUUGAUUACUCGAAUAUAUUUCAUCAAUUUCAGCAAGAAGGCAAAGAAUCGAACCGAUGACGGGAAAUUUUUUUACAAGUGUUAGUUUGAAGAAAACCCUUACAAUCUAAUACUCCUAAAUGAAUGAGCUCUUUUAUCAACAUUUUUCUAAAGUAAAAUUUACUUGAAAAAGUCUUUGAGAAACUACCUACCGUAACUUUAGUUGAGUUUUUUUAUCACCUCUAUUGGAAAAGUCAAAACUGCAACAGAUCUUUCAGUAAUUUUGUCUCUCGAGAAUUUUGCUUUAAAAAUGUUGAAAAAAAAUUCCUUUUCAGUAAAUAUCAACGGUCCCUUUGAAGGCUUCGUUUUCCAAACAAAUCUACAAGUCUUCUUAGUAUCUCCAAAAAUUACCGCCUACUUAGCGUUUUCGAUCUUCGUUUUCCUUUGGGCACAAAUGUGGGUUCCUAUACUCCACCUUACAAGCUGACCUUGUUACCCUGAAUAUAGAAUACUCACUGAAUAGUCUGUAUGAAAUAUUUUCUAAAAAUGCUGCAUGAGAAUAUUCCCUUUCGCAUGAACCUAAAGCAUUAAUCUGAAAUAUUCUCAAAAUAUUAGCUACCGAACAUAUUUGGAAUAUUCGGAAGACCUAUGCCGUUAAAAAUUCAAAGAGCAUUUGGUAAGAAUAUAUUCUGCUGAAAAAUAUUCUGAGAAGAUUUUAAUAAUUUUUAUGGUUCUUUGAAUACUUAAGAGUGCAGCAUUUAUCCGAUGUUUUUCAAAGAACCCUGUCAGAACAUUCUAAAGAAUACCCGCAGAGAGGGUGCAUAGAUAAUUCUUUCUAGGUAUUUGCUGGUGAAUGUUCGGAGCCACGAUAAUGAAUGUUCCACUACAAAUACAUUUCAGGUUGGUUGAUAUCGCAGAAGAGGCUUCAUACAUUGUGUAAAUAAAUACUAUGGGCACACAAUACUCGCUACGCUUAAUAAACCUUAGUCUUGUGCGCUCCUGUAGAAUGUAAAUAAUUUAGCCCCUGGCGGCUAUCUAAGAGAUGUAAAAUAUGUAAAAAUUUACUAAUAAAUCAAGUACCAUAAACUCGUGAAAGAAUAGCUAUUAAAGCAAUCUGGAGAUU